CGUUGGCCCACGGACGGAAGUCGAACAGUGAACACUGAACACCUCCAGCCUGGCCAACGGUGGGUUGACGUCCGAGUUCGACGGAUAUUCAGCAGUUCGUCCAGCGUUAUCGGCGUAGUCGCCACGGUGAUAGUAGUACCUUUAUUAUUAUCAUAAUUUCACACCGUAUCAACGUGUGCGCGAAACAAUUACUAAUUAGUACAUCAAUAGUUCAUCUCCUAACCAUCAACAGGUCCCGUAAGAUUUUCGAUUUUCAACAUUAUUGUUUACCUCUGCCUUACAUCGUUCAAGUCCAUCGUAAAUAUUGUCGUUUUCGUCCCGCACCGCUGUUUUGAAUAAUUGAAAAUGGCUGAUCCUGGAUUUCCAAGUCAACAUACUACAACUACUACAGUCACAAAUACAGAAAUUAUCUCAAACCUGAGAUAUGACAAUGCAUAUCUAUACACACUUGAAGGAAAAUUGAAAAUUGCCCAAAUUGUGUUUGUUUUAUUAAGUCUCAUCGCAGUGUCGUUCUCUACAUACAGUAUGUGGUAUCAAAACAGCGCUGUCACAUCAAUAUCAAUGUUUGGAUUUUGGUUUUCUUUAUUCAUGUUGGUAUUCUAUAUAUUUCAUGUAGUUGAGUGUUUUUAUAAAAUACCAUGGCUUAAAAUUGAGAUGAUUUUUGAUGUUUGUUGGCCAAUACUUUACCUUUUAUCAGCAUCCUCUGCAGCGGCUUAUACUGGUUUGCAUUUUAGCUACAUGAUAAGUUUGUUAUUUGGAUUUGCUGCAAUGUUUGCAUAUGGAUAUGAUGCUUUAUUGAAAUAUCAAGCAAUACAGCGUGGAGAAAUUGCACAAGGAAAUAUAGCAGUUCAUAAACAAACAACCACAUCAACAGCAUCAUACUGAUAUCCACAUUAAUUAAAUAGUAUUAAUCCGUUUUCUGUUUACUAAUUCAUCACUAUCUACCAUAUUUAUUUAACUAAUAUUAAUAUAUAAUAAUAUUUUUUAAUCAAACAUCACAAUCAUUUUUGUUAUACCUACAUUAAUAUAAUAUAUUUUAAUAUUUAUACUAACAUAUUUUUUUGAUGACAUUUUAUAGCUAUUUUUUAAAAUUGUUAUUCCUAUGCCACGGCCGCUAUAAAAUAUUAUAUAAUUUUCCAAGAGCUGACUAUUUGGUAUAAGGAUAAAAAAAAACUAUAUAUCAUUGUUUUAUUAAAUAAUAUAAUUGAUUAUUAAAUUAACCUUAAGAAAAGUAUAAAAUAAUUAUAUUUUAAUAAUUUCACUUUUUAUAAUAACUCAUAAAAAUGUCUUAUUGCAGGCUCUUACAGUAAACAACUACUUAAAUUGUUUUAUUUAAAAUCUUUGAAUAAUGUAGAAUUACAUUAUAACUUUAUAAUUAAAUCCAUCAAAGUUUUACUUAAUAUAAAUACAUUUUAUGCUGGUUACUUAAGUUAAUCAAUAUAGUGAACACAUGCAAUAUUAAUGUUUUAUUUAAAUAUAUUUAUUUAGAUCAAAUUAAAUUGGAUGCACAAAUUAGAAGUAAUUUUAAUAAAAAAAAUACUUGAACUUUUUAUCAACGUAAUAAUUUUCAGUUUAAAUAAUAGCUAUUGAUACCCCAAUAUUCGUAUAAUAUAAUAUCUAAUUAAUUUAUAAUAGUAAAAUAAAAUAUACAUCUAUUCAUUUGAUUACAUUAUACCAAAUUAUCAGCUUUGUUAUUGAUCUUUUGUUAUUUCUUAAAUCUUUUGUUAUUUCUCAAUAAGACGUUUUAUUAUUAUUAUAUUGUUAAAAAUUGUUUAUAUAUUUUAUUUUAUUUGUUAUUAAAUAUUAAUGUAUUAAUGAUUUAAACUAUUUCCAAAAUGAAAUCCUUUACAAAAUAUGAAAAUCUUUGUUACUUAUUCAAAAAUCUAUAUUAAGUUUUAAAAUAAAUAUAUUAUUUUGUGAUUAAUAGUUAUGUAUUGUAAAUUAUUAUAUUAUUUUUAUCAAAAACAAAAAUGUUUUAUUUUUUUACAUUGGUCAAUUUUUUUUUUUUUUUAUAACAAUUAUUUCACAUAAUUUUCUUUUUAUUUAUCUGUGUUUUUUUUGCAUAUAACCAACUAUUACCAAAGAAUGUCUUAAAAAUUAAUUCUCUCCUAGUCAUAUUAAAAUCUAGAUGCAUAAUGUUAAUAUAUUUUUUAAAACAGUAUAAGCAGUGCAUGUAUUGUUUAUAGUUAUGUUUGUUAUAAAAUAACUAUGAGCUUACAUAACUUCAAACUUGUAGUAUUAUGAUCUACAUUCUACAGAGUCAUUAAUCCUAGUGAUCCAAGUUUUGUAAUAUGUGAUAUAAAUUCUAAAUGUUCAAAUAUGGUCUUUUUUUUACUGUUGUAAUAGAAUGGUAUCUUACAAAUUUCAAUAUUUAUUUAUAGAAAAUUGCUGAUAAAUAUUACGUUUAAAAUGUCAUUAAACUAGAUAUCUAUAUUUUUAUAAUUAAUUAUUUUUAAACUGUUUACCUAGUUAUACUUAAAUGUAUUACCUAUCAUAAAUGUACUUAUAUAUUAUGUAUUGGUAUAUGAUUUUGUCAGUUUUAUAAUCUUUAAGUGCACUAAUUAAUCAAAAUCAGUAAAACGUUAUCCGUCCAAUAAUAUUAUACAUUUAAUAUAGGUACAAUGUAUUUUAUUUAAAUUGUAUUACAAUUUUAUACAUAAUAUGAGUUAAAACAUUUUAUUUUUCUGUUAUUGCCUUAUUUAACUUUGUAACUUUGUAUGCAAUUUAAAACAUUAUAUUUAAUGAUUUAUAAUAUAUAUGUAUAUAUUAUAUCUAUAUUCUUAAUACUUCAUAUAGAAA